UUCGUUCGUGGAGAGGUGACAUUCCUCCGAAUGACGUCCUGACGUUCCCCCUACGUCUGACGUCACUGACGUCGAACGGGGCUGUUUGUUCUGGAUUCAGGGGUGAGGAAGACCUGCGCGCGCUGACAACCGACAGAAAAAGGUCACUACUCCACCCCUCUCGUCAACCAACCAACCAACCAAAGGAAGACUGGCCCCUCUCUCCUGCCCCCCCCUCCAGGUCACUACUCCACCCCUCUCGUCAACCAACCAACCAAAGGAAGACUGGUCCCUCUCUCCUGCCCCCCUCCAGGUCACUACUCUACCUCUCCAUUCUGAGAGAUGACACUCCCUCUGGACUAGACCAAGUCUGCACCACAACAGACAAACAUACAGUCCAGCGUUUUGUGUGAUGGCCUGAGAGGGCUUCCCAGUCUAGCCUGCCUGCCUCUCCCGGCUCCAAACUGUCUGACUGGGACUCCCCCCCUCCCCGCCUGCUACGCCCUGCCUCCGUCGCCAUGGGAGACGGCCUGGAGGCGGGCAGCAGCCUAGACCCCGCCCCCCGCUCUCUCUCCUGUAACCCCCCGCCCCCCGAGACAUGGAACCCCUCGAGGCCGAAACGACAGACCAACCAGCUACAGUACCUGUUGAAGGUGCUGCUGAAGACGCUGUGGAAACAUCACUUCUCAUGGCCCUUCCAGGCUCCCGUAGAUGCCAUCAAACUCGGCCUGCCUGAUUACUAUCAGAUCAUCAAGGUUCCUAUGGACAUGGGCACCAUUAAGAAGAGACUGGAGAACAGCUACUAUUGGAACGCCCAGGAAUGUAUACAGGACUUCAACACCAUGUUCACCAACUGUUACAUCUACAACAAGCCUGGUGAUGACAUAGUGUUGAUGGCAGAGUCUCUAGAGAAGAUGUUUCUUCAGAAGAUCUCUGAGAUGCCCCAAGAGGAGACUGAGAUCGCCAUGGUUACCAAGGGGCGGAGGGCGGGGCAGAGAGAAGCAGGUCUCCUGUCUAAGUCUGACUCCGGCCAGGAUUCAUCUCCCUCCUCCACCCCCCACACCCGAGGUUUCUCCUCCCCUUCGCCGGGCCCUCAGACUCGGUGUCUCCCCGUAUCCCAGGGGCCCCCCACCCUCCCCCUCGCCCUCCCCCCUCAGACCCAGCCCCCUCGCGUUCCCCCCACCCCUCCCUCCCACGCCCCCCAGCUGGGACCACCCUUCCCCAUCAGCCCUCUGGAUGUCCUGGCCCAGGGCCUCACCUCCGUACCCCACCACCCCCCAGCCCACCCAGGCCUUCACCCUGCUGCCCCACCCAUCCCCCAGAGCAUCGCACCCCCAGCUAAGCAGAGGAAGAGCCAGAAGAGGAAGGCUGACACUACCACACCCACCGCCAACGACCAGCUCAGCGAGUCGUCUCCCGUGGCGACGGAGCCCCCCCGACCCCGCCGUGAGAGCAGCAGCCGCCCGCUGAAGCAGCCCAAACGAGACCCUGCCCAGCCCGACUCCCAGCCACCUGGGGCUAGGCGGGGGGGUUCCUGGGGUGGAGCGUUAACUAGUCACGGCGGGAGCCCCAAACGACAGGAGCAGCUGCUGUUCUGUGGCGGUCUUAUCAGAGACAUGUUGUCAAAGAAACACAUUGCAUACGCGUGGCCCUUCUACAAGCCUGUCGACGCGCACGCCCUCGGCCUCCACGACUACCACCACAUCAUCAAACACCCUAUGGACCUCGGAACCGUCAAGGAUAAGCUGGACAGCAGGCAGUACAGAGAUGCUCAGCACUUUGCUGCUGAUGUCCGGUUGAUGUUCUCCAACUGUUACAAAUACAACCCCCCAGACCAUGACGUGGUCAAUAUGGCACGCAAACUACAGGACGUGUUUGAGAUGCGCUUUGCCAAAAUGCCAGACGAGCUUGAGGAGACGGCCCCCUUCCCCUCCCCAGCCCUCAAACCCCUCCCCAUCAUCUCCCCUGCCCUCCACCCCCUCCCCGUCCCCGCCCUCCACCCCCUCCCCACCCCCUCGGCCAGACAGCCCCCUGCCCCCCGACCCCCCUACUCCUCCGAUGACAGCUCCUCCUCAUCGGAAUCAGAAUCCUCUGAGGGAGGUUUGGAACACGAGAGAACACAGAGACUGGCUGAACUACAGGAACAGCUCAAAGCUGUUCACGAACAGCUGGCCGCUCUGUCCACGCCCCAGGCCACGAAGCCCAAGAGAAAAGAGAGGGAGAAGGAGAAGAAUAAAGACAAGUUCAAGAAGAAGAUAGGAGGGGAGGAGCCACCGGAGAUCCCGCCCCCUGCCAUCCUCCAGCCAAUCAGAAAGAGCAAAAACAGCAAGGAGCUGGUGACCACGCCCAAGAAGAUCAAGAAACCGAGUAAGAAAGAAGGUAUGAAGAGCAGCCGUCUGGGCGCCCCACAUCAGACCGGCUCCAUCCCCCUUGCCCCCUCAGCCUCGCUGGAGGCAGAAGAUCACAUGAGUGUGUUUGUGGGCGGGGCAGCUGACAGGUGUAAGCCAAUGUCCUACGAGGAGAAACGCCAGCUCAGUCUGGACAUCAAUAAACUGCCCGGCGACAAGCUGGGCCGUGUCGUCCACAUCAUCCAAUCACGAGAGCCAUCGCUCAAGAACACCAACCCAGACGAGAUAGAGAUCGACUUUGAGACGCUGAAACCCUCGACACUCCGAGAGCUGGAGACAUAUGUCUGGACCAGCCUUAGAAAGAAUAAGAAGAAAUCACAGCCAGUAGAGAAGGCUCUGGAGGUGACCAGUGUGAUGAAGAUGAAGACAGGAUCUUCAUCAGGCAGCAGUGACUCCUCUGACAGCGACGACACAGGGCUGGCCCCCCAGCAGCAAAAGUCCUCCUCUAGCAAUAUAUACAGUAAGAGACCCCACCAGUCCAGCAGGGGCGGGGUCAGCAUCACUGCCCCUCUGGACUCCUCCUCCUCCCCCCAGACCCCCCUAGUUCAGUCCAAACCCCCCCAGCAGCAGCAUCAACACCCCUUUGCCCCCUCUCCUCCUCCCUCCAUCCCCACUGUCCCCGUGACCUCUCUGGACUCCUCUUUGACCUUUGACCCCCUAGCUCACUUCCUGGCCCCCCAUCUGAGCCAGCAGGUGGGGGAGUCCCCCCGUAAUGAACUGGGGGCCCCUGCCGCCGUACCCCCCCACCUCAACGCUACCAACACACACACCUCUGAGAGCACACAGCCCUUCCUCAACCAGCAGGCCGUCAUGCCCUCCGUCAUGCUCUCCCCAGCACUCCACAACGCUCUCCCCCAGCAGCCGUCCCGCCCCAGCAACCGAGCGGCCCCUAAACCCCCUCAGCCUCCCCCCUCCUCCCUCUCCAACCCCUCCACUCCUCCUCCCCCCCAGGCCUCCCUCCACAUUCCCCAACCCUCGCUCCCUCGCCCUUGUGUCCCCUCUCCCCUCACCCCCCACGGAAUCCUGGGGGUGUCGGCCCAACCCCCUCAAGCCCUAUUUGAGGACGACGAGGAGGCCGUGCCCACUAACUCUGAAACCCCUCCCCUCCCGCUCAGCCAGGUGCACAUGUACCUGCAGUCGUCUCGGCCCCCGGCACACAUACACCCCCACACACAGUCUCCUGUGCGGGUCCAGACCCGGGCCCCGUCCCACACACAGUCUCCUGGGGGGGUCCAGUCCCGGGCCCCGGCCCACAUACAGUCUCCUGGGCGGGUCCAGUCCCGGGCCCCGGCCCCGGCCCACAUACAGUCUCCUGGGCGGGUCCAGUCCCGGGCCCCAGCCCACAUACAGUCUCCUGGGCGGGUCCAGUCCCGGCCUCCGGCCCACACACAGUCUCCUGGGCGGGUCCAGUCCCGGCCCCCGGCCCACACACAGUCUCCGGGGGGGGUCCAGUCCCGGCCCCCGGCCCACACACAGUCUCCUGGGGGGGUCCAGUCUCAGCUCAUGUCCCGGCCCCCGGCCCACACACAGUCUCCUGGGGGGGUCCAGUCCCGGCCUCCAGCCCACACACAGUCUCCUGGGCGGGUCCAUUCUCAGCUCAUGCAGGCCAUGCAGACUCAGUCACAGGCAGCGGCCGCUCCAACCCAGCAACAGCAGAGGCUCGCAACACAUUCUCACUCACACCCUCACUCACACGCUCACUCACACCCUCACUCACACGCUCACGCACACAUGCAGCAGGCGGGACAGGGGAUGUCGUUCCCCCAGCAACAGAGCACCAUGCACCCGGCACAGAAAGGGAUCAGACAGAUACUACAUCCACAACCAUCACCACGGAUACUACAUCCACAACCAUCACCACGGAUACUACAUCCACAACCAUCACCACGGAUACUACAUCCACAACCAUCACCACGGAUACUACAUCCACAACCAUCACCACGGAUACUACAUCCACAACCAUCACCACGGAUCAAAACUGAGCCUUUCAACACAGGUCCUCUGAGGGAGAGCCCCUCCCCUCUGAUGAUACAUUCUCCCCAGAUGCCUCCGUUCCCACCAAUGAGACAGUCCCCUUCCCAGCCCAAGAAACCUAACCAAAGGGUGAAAGAGGAGAAGCCGCUCCCCUCCCCGGUGCCGCCCCCCUCCCCUUUCAGCCCCACCCAGCGACACCACAAACCACAAGACAACAAACACACACACAGAUCAGAUGUGAAGCUAUUGGACAGUUCUCGUCCGGGGCUCCGCCUCCCGGACUCCCCGGCCCCUCCCCCUUCCCAUCAGGACAGCAAACUGAAGCAGGAGGCUAAAACACCCAUCACCGCCAAGAAGACACAGGAUGUCAAGUUAAAGAACAUGGGUUCCUGGGCCAGCUUGGCCCAGCGUUCGCAGUCCACCCCCACCUCCGCUGUCCGCUCCUCUAGCGACAGCUUCGAACAGUUCCGUCGCGCCGCCCGAGAGAAGGAGAGAGAGAAACAGCUUAAAGCACAGGCCGAGCAGGCCAGGAGAGAGCAGGAGAAACUACGUAGCCGUGACGACGAGGACUCUGUGGAACAGCAGGGGAGGGUGCGUGUCCAGGACUCUCGCCGUCGCCAGGAGCAACUUUCGCCUCAAGCCCCCACGCCCCCUGCCUCAACCCCUCCCGCCGUCUCCCCACAGGCCCCUCCCACUGAACAGGCCACACCCCCCUCGGCCGCAGCACAGAACGCCAUGGACCAGCAGAGGGAGCUGGCAAGACGCCGCGAGCAAGAGAGGAGGAGGAGAGAGGCGAUGGCGGACACCAUUGACAUCAACUUCCAGAGCGACCUGAUGGCCAUCUUUGAAGAGAACCUGUUCUGAGAGAGAGGAUGAGAAAGGAGGAGAGGGAGACAAAUGAACUCUACCUUAUCCCACCGGGGAUUUCACACACAACACCCCCCCCCCCCCUCUCUCUCUUUGAUUAGAGACCUCAGACCAGGAUGUGAGCUCCAGAGACUUGACGAAGACUGAGGCGAGGUACGGUAAUAAGGUGGAGCCCCCCCAGCGGUGGGGACCGGGAGUACAACUUCCACUUUUUUGCAAUUUCAGAUGCGUUUUUUGUGUCUAACUGCCCGUUUAUCGUUGAUGAUUGGUUGUUGCCGUGGGCAACUGUGAAACCGGAUACCUAUCGAUAAACAGAUAUUUGAACUCCUCUUGUAUUCUGAAAGGAAACCGAGGGAGGAGGGGAGGACUGAGAACUAUUACCUGAAAAUAAAGAAGAGGGGAAAAAGGGUUUAAUGUAGAAAGAAGAAGAUCACCUUGUGUUCUUCUGACGGGAGGGAGGGAGGGGCGGGGGCGAACAGACUUCUUUCUCUCUGAUUCAUUUCUCUCUUAAUCUAGUAUUUUUCUCACCCUGUUUUCUGAUGUUGAGUUUUAAGCGGGGUGGGUGGGGUUAGGGAGGAGGUUUGGGAGGGAGAAGUGAGCGGGCUGUGUGUGUUAUCAUGUUUGCGUCCCAAAAGGGCACCCUAUUCCCUUCAUAUAGUGCACUACUUGUGUCCAGGGCCCAUGGGGAUCUGAUCAAAGGUGGUGCACUAUAUAGGGAGUAGAGUAGCCAUUUGGGACGUAUCCCCUGAGAUGGGUUCAGUUUCUCUCUGGACAGCGGGAUGAACACCGGGGUCACACCCCAACACUAUAAAGAGGCACCCUUCCUUCCUUCCUUCUCACUCUCCUUGUUCUUUGUGACAUCACUGACUUGACACAAGUUGAAAGUGUAAAAGCUUGAACUCCAUUUUUUUCAGUCAUGUCUGAUUCAUUGAUUAUUUCAAGAAAGGAGGGAGGGAAAGGAGGGAAAGCAGGAAGGAUGAGUGAAGAAAGGACGGAAGAGAGGAAGGGAGGGAGGGGUACAUUUUAAAUGUUGGCCUUACAGCUCUGACCUGUAAAUGAACACACGCCACAGAUUAUACAUAUACAUAUAAAUAGAUGCAUAAAUAUAUAUUAUAUACGAUGAGAAGUCCCUAGAAAUAAUUGGAUGUUGUUGGGAGGGAGAAUUACUUAUCUGCCUUGUGCUCAAUUCCCUUUUGUUUUUUUUAGAGAAGUGACUGUAAGAAAAACAACUUUUUUAUGAUGCUAUAGAAAAUAGUUUGUCUUGUUCAUAACCUCCUUUCUCUCAUCCUGUUUUUCUCUUGUGUCAAGUUCAGAUAUUCAAGAGUUUCAAAGGCCUCUGUUUUUAUUUAAAUAUCAAAUCAUUUCUGGGUAACAAUGAGGUACGUCACUGUGAUUUGUUUUCAGUUGAAAUGGCCCAAAAUAAACCAAAAAUAGAUUCUUAGCAAAGAGCAAUUUCUCAAGCAAGAAUUUUGCUAGGACUGCCUGGGAGUGGUCUGAGUGGGGAGGGGAAACUGAAAACGAGCUGUUAUUGGCAGAGAGAUUUGGAACUCUUUCUUAUUGGUCGAUCAACUAAUUUAACGCAUGGUGAUGUCACCAGGCAGGCCAAAACUCCACCCCACCAAAACAGGCUGAUUUUCUUUUCAAACAGCUCCUACACUAAAAGGGUAUUAUCAUCAUUUUCACAAUUUAACAGUAUUAUUCCAGCCUUAUAGUGUGGAAAUAGAUAUAUAAACACAGGAAAAUCACUCUUUUGACGGCACUGGCCUGUAGCUACUUAACUUUGUUCUACUGUUCUACAUCCACCUGUAGCUACAUCCACCUGCUACUACACUUCCUUCUGUUCUGUAGCUACAUCCACCUGCUACUACACUUCCUUCUGUUCUGUAGCUACAUCCACCUGCUACUAGACUUCCUUCUGUUCUGUAGCUACAUCCACCUGCUACUACACUUCCUUCUGUUCUGUAGCUACAUCCACCUGCUACUACACUUCCUUCUGUUCUGUAGCUACAUCCACCUGCUACUACACUUCCUUCUGUUCUGUAGCUACAUCCACCUGCUACUAGACUUCCUUCUGUUCUGUAGCUACAUCCACCUGCUACUACACUUCCUUCUGUUCUGUAGCUACAUCCACCUGCUACUACACUUCCUUCUGUUCUGUAGCUACAUCCACCUGCUACUAGACUUCCUUCUGUUCUGUAGCUACAUCCACCUGCUACUACACUUCCUUCUGUUCUGUAGCUACAUCCACCUGCUACUACACUUCCUUCUGUUCUGUAGCUACAUCCACCUGCUACUACACUUCCUUCUGUUCUGUAGCUAUAUCCACCUGCUACUAUACUUCCUUCUGUUCUGUAGCUACAUCCACCUGCUACUACACUUCCUUCUGUUCUGUAGCUACAUCCACCUGCUACUACACUUCCUUCUGUUCUGUAGCUAUAUCCACCUGCUACUACACUUCCUUCUGUUCUGUAGCUACAUCCACCUGCUACUACACUUCCUUCUGUUCUGUAGCUACAUCCACCUGCUACUACACUUCCUUUCUUUAAUUCUUUAGCUUCUUACUCAUGUUCUUUUGUAUAUUCAUGUCCAUCUGUUAAUCUCUCUGUCCUGUCAUCAUCAUCUUCCUCUACCAUCCGUAUCAUAGCUUUUAUUUACUUUUUAUUCCCUUCCUGGUUUUUUUUUUGGUUACAUUUUUCUGCUCUGUUUUUAGUUUCCGUGGUAACAGUCGGGGUUGUUGUCAUGUGCCAUAGCUCUAAGUGUUCUGGGUGCGUGGCCUGCGGUGUUGUCAUGUCCAGAUAUACAUCAAACCCCUGUAUUCUUUUUGGGAUGUUUUUUUUAUUUAAUUUAGCCUUUCUUUUCAUAUUUGACGGUUUGUUUUGUUUCUUGUUAUUGUCAUUGUUUUUGUUUUGAAUCACCGGUUGGUUUGUUGAUGACUGAGGUGUUAAGGUCGAUGGAUACAUUCUGUUCUGAUUAUGGAGUAAAACAUCUUCUUUCUUUUUUAAAGAAAAGUAUUAAAAUGCUAUAAAAUAUGA